UUAAAUGGAUCAUAUUAUCACUUCUGCUUUAUUAGAUAUUACAACAAUAUUUUAUAAUUAGACUAACCAUUUACCUCAACUAAUUAUCCAUGUAACCAAAGAGACGUUAGAUUGUACUCUUCCCACCAAACACUUUUGUAUGCACAGAAGUGCCAGUAUACCAUGCAUCUAUAUAAACCUACAACCUCCUUAUCAAUAAUGAGAAUAUCGAAACAAGAGAUCAGUCUAAAAGAUAAUUAGAAGAAAAAAAAAAAUAAAAGAUACUUAUGGAUACAGUUAAAAAUCUGCAAGCUUCUAAUGUCCCCUCAUCACUUUCUCAAGAAGAUGAAGAAGUUUUUACCUCUGGUUUGCACGUCUGCAGCAGUGAGGUUUUCUCUCAUGCACUCAGCAAUUGUAUACAGCUUGGCCUUUUUGAUAUCAUUGCUGAAGCAGGUCCAUCUGCCUAUCUUACUGCCACUGAAAUCACUGCUCAGCUUCCUACCAAGAACCCGGAUGCAGUUUCCAUGAUUGAUCGUAUGCUGAGACUCUUUUCAUGUCACUCACUUCUCAAUUCUUCUCUGAAAACAGUUGCUGAUGAUGUGGUUGAAACGCGCUAUGGCCUUUCACCCAUUGGCCAUUUGUUCGUCCGUAAGAAAGAUGGAGUAACAAUGGCUGCAUGCUUUACGGAUUACAAAGCUUGGACAGAGGCCUGGCUUCACCUGAAAGAUGCGAUUCUUGAAGGUGGCAAUCCAUAUGAGAAAGCUCACGGUGUACCUAUAUACGAGCACAUAAGCUCAGAUACGGAGUCAGUGAAAGGGUUCAGCCAAGCAAUGGAUAGCAUAUCAUCAUUUAUAAUGAAGAAAGUACUUGAAAAUUACAGUGGUUUCAAAGGACUUGGAAGUUUGGUAGAUGUUGGCGGUGGAUCUGGUUUUGCCCUCAACAUGAUCACUUCAGAGUACCCUUCAAUCAGUUGCAUUAACUUUGACUUGCCUCACGUUGUUCAAGAAGCUCCAUAUCAUCCUGGUGUCAAACAUGUGGGAGGAGAUAUGUUCUUGGACAUUCCAAGUGCAGAUGCUAUUAUGAUAAAGGAAGUACUUCAUAACUGGGGGAAUGAAGAUUGCAUCAAGGUUCUAAAGAACUGCUAUGAAGCUUUGCCGAAAGGAGGGAAGGUAAUAGUGGUGAGCCAUGUGAUGCCAGAAGUAGUGGGAUCAAGUAAUGCUGCUGCUAAAUAUGUUUUCCAACUGGAUGUUAUGAUGCUUCUCUUCGGUGGAGGGAAGGAAAGGACAGAGAAAGAAUUCAAGGCUCUAGGCAAGGCCGCUGGAUUUUCUGGGUUUCAGCUCAUUUGCUUUGCUGCUUAUAAUGCAGUUGCUGUCAUGGAAUUCUAUAAAUAAUUAAUAACGUUUUCCAUAUGGGUUUCAGCUUCAGUUUGGGGCAUUUCUUGCAAGACUUGGUUUUUAAGCGUUUAAAAUAUUUCUUUCUGUAUUUGUCAUGUUUUUCCAGUGUAUCUUAAUCAAUG